UCCAAUAAAAUUCACUUUCGAAGUGUCUGCUCUGUCGGAGAUUCUCCCACGACAGUGAAUUUGUUUUGCUUUUCUUGUGAUUCUUCUUUUUUAUUCUUCAUAUAUUAAACUCAUCGUCUAUCUUCAAACAUGCCGAUGUAUGAGACUAUCGCGGUAGUUGCAGAAAAACAUUCUGUUAUUCUUGAUAUUGGUACAGCUUAUACAAAAGUUGGAUUUGCAAGAGAACUGGGACCAAGGUUCAUUAUACCUACUGAAGUAAAUCAUCCACAAACUGGAAAAGUUGUUCGAAUUUGGAAUUACCAGACAAAAGAUGAUCUGUAUAUAGUUUUGAAAGAAUUCAUUCACAGGCUUUAUUUCAAGUAUUUGGCAGUAAAUCCUAAAGAUCGUCGAGUUGUUAUUGUGGAAUCUGUAUUAUGUCCUACAGUAUUCCGAAACACUUUAGCUGAAGUUCUGUUUAUGCAUUUCGAAAUUCCAUCACUUGUGUAUGUGCCUUCUCAUCUCAUGGCCCUAUUUACUCUAGGAAUUUCCUCUGCUUUGGUAAUGGAUGUAGGUUAUUCUGAAACAAUUGUUUUACCUAUAUACUGUGGUGUUCCUAUUCUAAAUACUUAUGAAAGUCUUCCAGUUGGUGGACAGCUUAUUCAUAGAAGAAUAGAGGCUGAAUUAAUGGAAAAAGCUUAUGUUAAAACAUCUGCACCUUUUGAAAGGCCAUUAGCUGAAGUUUUAUCAGAACCUUUGAAGGAAUCUGUAUUAGAAGACAUUAAAGUUCGAACAUGUUUUAUCACUCGUCGUGCUAGAGGUUUAAUUCUUCAAGCCCAUGAAAGUAGAAAAAGAAUCAAAGGAACUGUGUCACCUGAUCCUGAGCUAGAAGUUCCUACUCCUCCUCCUGAUGUUGAAUAUCCUCUUGAUGGAGAAAAAAUUUUGACCAUUCCUGGAACACUUAGAGAGUGGGCUGCCGAGCUUCUCUUUGAACAAGAUGCUGAUAACAAAUCUAUUGCUACUCUGAUAUUGGAUUCUCUAUUACGGUGUCCAAUAGAUACACGGAAGGAAUUGGCCAACAAUGUCAUAAUAAUGGGUGGUACAGCCAUGCUUCCAGGUUUUAAACACUCCCUGCUCACUGAAAUUAAGAUGCUCUUGGAUGAUCCUAGAUACUCUUCGAAACUCCCUCUGAAGGAAAUUAAGAUACAUAAUCCUCCUGCAAAGGAGAAUUAUGUGGCUUGGCUUGGUGCUGCUGCUUUUGGUGCAACAGAGGCAGUUCCAUCUCGAUCAAUAACAAAAGAUCAAUAUCGUCAGAAAAAAUACAUUCCAGAUUGGUGUGAUAAACAGUGGGCAGAAAAUGGGGAAAAGUGCCUUUAACAUGAUUUAAUUGCAUUGAAAUUUUAUUUUUAUUAUCAAAUCUUUGUUGAAUUCUUUGGUUGUCUGUUAUUUAUUUCUAAAAGUGUCUUUUAUAAAAGUUAGUGCUUUCAUCUAGAAAUUCUUCAUUGCAGUUGUUUGCAAUUUAAACAUGUAUAAAUAUGCUUGUAAUAUUUUAAUUUAUUACUUUUAAAAUAAAUCCUUUCUGUAUUGUAUUUA